CGCGCCAGUGGCGGCGGCGGCGGACGGGGCGACAAGAUGGCGGCGCGCGGCGAAGACCGGGAGGGCCCCGAGGCCGCGGAGGGCCCCGAGGCGCCUUCGCCGCCCCCGCCGGGUCCUGGCGGUGGCGUCAACGUGUUCGCCAACGACGGCAGCUUUCUGGAGCUCUUCAAGCGCAAGAUGGAGGCGGAGGAGCAGCAGCAGCGCGAACGCGAGGCGGCGGCGGCGGCGGCCGGUGAUGGCGGCGGCACCACCGGGAGCGGCGGGCCCGGCGCGCAGCGAGGGGGGGACGGGGCGAAGAGGAGCGGCGGAGCGCUCGGCUUUGUGGGGCGGCGGAGGGGGGGCAACAAACUAGCCCUGAAAACGGGAGUGGUGGCCAAGAAACAGAAGACUGACGAGGAGGUGCUGACGAGUAAAGGCGACGCCUGGGCCAAGUACCUGGCGGAGGUGCAGAAGUACAAAGCCCACCAGUGCAGCGACGACGACAAGACACGGCCCCUGGUCAAAUAGCGCCGGCCCCCCCCCAAAAUCACCCCGGGGGGGGGAGCCUGGGACCUCAAAAAAAAUGGUCAAAUAACACCAGCUCCUCCCCAAAGAAAUCUUCCCAGGGGAAUGUCCUGUGACCCCCAGAAAACUCGUCAAAUAGCACCGGUGUCUACCCCUCUAAAAAAAAAACCUGCCCAGGGGAAUCAGGAGUCCUGCAACCCCCAAAAUCCCUGGUCAAAUAGCGCUGCCCCCUCUCCCCUCCAGAUAACCUGCCUGGGGGUGGGGGAUCCUGGGACUCCGAGAAAAAUGGUGAAAUAGUGCCAGACCACCCCCCCAAAAACCUGGGUGAGGGGAGGUCCCAGACCCCUAAAAAACCAGUCAAAUAACGUUGGUCCUCCACCCCAAAGACUGCCCUGGGGUGGUCCCAGUCCCCAAAAAAGCUGCCUGGGGAGGUUCAGAUUCCCACAAUACCUGGUCACAUAGUGCCACCCCACCCUCCACCCCUUUUCCAAAGACCUACCAGGGGGCUCCUGGGAUCCACAAAAAUCCCUGGUCAGAUAGCGCCACCAUGCCCUCCAAAAUUACCUGGUUGAGGGGAGUCCUGUCCCCAAAAGAGUGGUCAAAUAGCACUGGCCCCCCCCACCCCCAAAAGCUGGCUGGGGGGGGCUCUAGAGACCCCCCCAAAUACUUGUCCAAGGUGGGGGGUUCCACCUGUGGCCUCCUCAAACACCUCUUUAAGGGGGGGAGGUGCCAGCCCUGCCCCUUUUCUACAUCCCCCUUCCACCCUCCAGGGCCACCUCCUCCCCCAAACCUGGACUUGAGUCUGGGGGCAGCCUUGGUGCUGCCCCUCCCCCUCCACCCACUCCCCCCCCCGGUGCGUUUUGGGGGCAAAUUAUGGAUUUGGGGGGGGGGGGGGGAGUGGCGCAGAAUUAAAGAACUUGGAGGUUUCAGA